AUGGUUAAACACUGUGCUGAAGCCACAUCUGACUGGAUGGUCAAGAAGCUGGUUGGUAUCACGAGAGAUCAUCCUAAUAUGACCAGCAAAGGUGUAGAGGCAGAGUUGAGGAAGUAUGGUGUGAAGCCAAGUAAAAUGCAGAUUUUCAGAGCUAAGAACAAAGCACUUGCUAAAAUAGAAGGCACACAUGUUGAAUCUUAUUCCAAACUUCCAAAAUAUGCUGAACUGUUUAGAGCACAAAAGCUGGGAUUCCUGGAAGGUUGUAGGCCUUUUGUGGGAUUUGAUGGAUGUUUCUUGAAGGGGCCAUUUGGAGGUGUGCUUAUGACAGCAGUUGCUUUGGAUGCAAACAACAGCGUAUUUCCAAUAGUAUUUGCUGUAACUGAAUGUGAGAACAAGGAUACUUGGAGGUGGUUCUUCUACUACUUUCAAGAGUUCUUUGGACCAUUUGACAACAACAUCCCUUUAACUUUCAUGAGUGAUAGGCAAAAUGGAUUGAAUCUUGCUUAUGAGGAGAUAUUUCCUGAUGCAACUGGACGGCAUUGUUGUGGGCAUAUAUACAGUAAUUUCAAGUCUCAAUUUUCAAGUAUAUUACUUAGAAGUUUCUUUUUGAAGGCAGCAAAAAGUUAUGAUGUUGUUGGCUAUAAUGAAGCAAUGGCAAGUAUUAAAGAUAUUAACAGAGAGGCUUGGAAAUAUCUGGAUAAAAUUCCAAGAAGUUCCUGUUGUAGGCAUGUCUUCUCACCUCAACUUAAGUGUGAUCAUGUCACAAAUAAUUUCAUUGAAUCCUUUAAUAACUGGGUUGGUGAUCUUAGAGGAAAGCCUAUACUGACAUUAGUGGAUGGUUUGAGGAGAAAGUUCAUGAAAAACCUGCACAAGAGAUACCAGAAAGGUUGCACCUUGACUGCUAAUAUCACUCCUAGAAUUGCUGAGAAACUCACAGAAAUUAGCCAAGCAUCGAGAAAAUGUGAGAUGCAUAUGAUAUCUAGAAUUCCAUGUAAACAUGCAGCACUAGGAAUUAUGUACAUGAGAGAAAAAUUGGAACAUUACUGUGAAGCUUGGUUCACAAAAGACAUGUAUUUGAAGGCAUACUCUGCAAUGAUUCAUCCUAUUCCUGAUGUGAAGAGGUGGCCAGCUAUGCCUGAUUUGUUCCCAAAAACUAUGUUGCCACCUCUUUUGCGAAGAGCUCCUGGUAGACCAAGAGUAAAUCGAAGAAGGGAAGCUGAUAAGGGAGCUUCUUCUUCACAACCAAAAAGAUCAAGUACUCUCAAGUGUAGAAAUUGUGGAGCUGCAGGUCAUAAUAAGAGGACCUGCAAAGGACCACCUGUGCAAAAAAGGACUGCAAACAGAACCCCUGCUGAACUGAUGACAAAUAGAAGAGGCAGACCAGGCAGAGGAAUGACCAGCACAAGCUUAUCAGGAGCUGUUCUUUGGAAUUAUGUAUGCAAAGGUUUCCAGAGCCUUACAAAUACUCUUAUUUUACGGGAGCAUGCAGAAGGAAAUGUACCUAUAAUUCACUCCAGUCAAGGGAGCAAUCCUAGUCCUACUGAUCAUAAUGGAGGCGUUAACGUGCAGAGGUUUUGUCAAACUACUGCUGCAGUAACUAACAGAAAGAGAGGAAGGCCUGCUUCAAACAAUCCUUCUACUUCAAUAGUCAGAGGUGCUGCAUUAGCAGUACCAGCACUUUCAGCAAUUGGUUUUGAGUUGCUAGUUCAGACUAGUUAG